UGCGCGCUCUCAUUGGUCGGCUGAGCGCUGACGGUUGGUGGCAGGUUGUCUGUUGGUGACAGUUAGCAUCACACUCGAGCCGUGAAACAGCGAAGUUAACAGGAAACUGCGACUGAAUUCAUGUUUUGACGCAACAGAAGAGACUGCCGCCUAAAAGAAUAAUAAUAAUAAUAAAAAAAGGAGCUAUUUCUGAUUACGGCGAGGAUGUCUGUCCCGGCAGGAGAGGGAUGAAGAUGAUACCACUGUUAUGGCGAGUUAUGUCAGUGUGGCUAUGUGUAGCUGUAGCCUGUCGGUACCGUAGUUGCUAUGUUGGUUGCACAGAGUCGCACCAAGAGGCCCAGAGGCCCGUGUCCUCACAGGACGUCGGUUCGGAGGAAGGCUCUGGGGAAAAGAUCCACAAUCACAAGAUUGAGGAGAGUUGGGUCUUACCUGCUCAGUCUCUGUCCGAAAAUGAGCAGUUGAUGGAGGAUGAUCAGCAAAAAGAGGAGCAGGCAGCACAAGAGGUGCACAAAAGACAAUAUUCAGAGGCCUUUGAAGUGGAGGAGCCUGCUGUGGAGUUGGAGGCAGACAAAGGGCUUUCACAUUCUGAGCCAGAACCUGAGCAAAGCUCAGAAAAUCAUCAUCCUGAAACUUCUGUUCAUCAAGACCGGGACUCAGUCUCCCCGCUGCCCUCCCUUGAACCUCUCUCAGAUAAUGCUGCUGAGCUUAAAGACAUCCCCAAUAUCCUUAACAUUCAGGACAACAUCCCAAAUAGUGUUUCAGAUGACGAAGGUGCACCUGAGGUCACUGAUUCUGACCUGCCUCCAGCUGACUGUGAAGAGGAAGAGAACAACCCAUAUGACAGUGACAGCAGUCCUCCAGUAGUUCUGGAGAACACUUCAAAUGUUCACACCCCAGGAACUAAAACCCACACUGACCCUCCUCUGACCCCUUCGGCUGGUCACAGCUCACCGCUUCUGGAGGCCAACACGUCACACAUGCCGAUAGAGCAAGACCCGAGCUCCCCUGUCACAGAAACAGAUCCCAGUGUGAGCAACAAAGACCCCGAGGACAUCCCCACUUUUGAUGAGUGGAAGCGGAAGGUGAUGGAGGUGGAGAAAGAAAAGACUCAGUCUACUCAUACUUCUAACAAUGGGGCUUCAAAUACAGUAAAGAAGGUCCAGAAGAACUUCAAUAACUACGCCUCAGUAGAGUGUGGUGCCAAGAUCCUUGGCGCUAACCCAGAAGCAAAGAGCACCUCGGCCAUAUUGAAGGAGAACAUGGACUUGUACAUGCUAAACCCCUGUAGUAACAAAAUCUGGUUCAUCAUUGAGCUCUGUGAGCCCAUCCAGGUGAAGCAGCUGGACAUUGCUAACUUUGAGCUCUUCUCUUCCACUCCCAAAGACUUUCUUGUCUCCAUCAGUGAUAGAUAUCCAACAAACAAGUGGCUGAAGCUGGGAACCUUUCACGCCCGCGAUGAGCGCACAGUCCAGAGCUUCCCAUUAGAUGAACAUCUUUAUGCUAAAUAUGUGAAGAUGUUCACCAAGUACAUAAAGGUAGAGCUGGUGUCUCACUUUGGCUCUGAACAUUUCUGUCCCCUCAGUCUUAUAAGGGUGUUUGGCACAAGCAUGGUGGAAGAGUAUGACGAGGCCGCUGAUCCCUCAGAAAGACUGGAUGAUCAGGACGAUGACUUGGAUUAUCCUCCUGGAUAUGCACCCGGUGAAGUCAAGUUAUCCAAGGAUCUGAUUGGAUCAGCAAAAGAUGUCAUUUUGAACAUGGUAAAUAAUCUUGCUGUCAAUGUUCUUGGCGGAGGACCAGAGAUGCAAGGCAACCUUUCAUCACAGGAAGUAAACAUGACUGAGCCAUCGGCCAAACUUGAAACUAGCACUCAAACUCCCACAACAGACAUUUCUCCAGUUCCAGACUCUGGAGAGGAGAUUUUAGCGGACGCUGAUAUUCCUCCAACUGUGGCCCUCUCUACAGAGACCACUGUGCCAGAGAUUCCUACCACAGAUACAAACAUACAAGAGCUCCCCCCAGUGGAGGAAAAACGUGUCAUUCCUUUAGAGAAAGAUGAGGAAGAACCCAUCAGCUCUACAAUCAUUCUUUUGGAUAAGGAGGAGGAGUUGGAUGAAGAAAAAGAGAAAAGGGAUCAACGUGAGCCUUCAUUGUCUUCCUCGUGCUCGUGGGCAGAUUCCCUCCAGGAAUAUCUUCAUCGGCAGAGUUCAGCCGUGCUGUCCAAAAAAAGGAAAUGCCAAACUAUGGACAGAAAGAAAAAGAUUCCUCCCAUUCAAAUACCCGCCUGCCACCAGCCCCUGUCCCCCUCCGCCUGCCCUGAACCACAUCAGCAGCACCACAGUGAGGUACAUCAGCCCCCUGGAAAAGAACAAGUCUCUGAACAGGAGCCAGUGAGCACAGCCAGCCCUUCAGAUACACCACAGCCUCCAGGGAGCACAGCAGAGUCUCCUCAAGAGUCCAUGUCAGAACCUCCUCAGCUGGAGCCCAGUCAAACCUCGAACCUCCCCAAACUCACUGCCACUGACUCAUCCCCUGCCAAACCUACCCCUAUUGUGGAGACACCACAGCUGUCUUCUGAGGAGCCAGCGAAGGAGUUGAGUCCAGAAAAGAGCCAGGAUGUGCUGGCUGAAGGGAAACACAUUGAGCCCACAGCCUCUCUCAGUAGCUCCAGUUAUGUACAGCCCAGUGUCAGUGCUACAGUGACUGAAGUCUCAGUGGCACACACAGAAGAGAAAUCUUAUAUUGAAGUUUCUCCACCAGAGAUAAACACCCCCAUCCAAAUCCCGGACAAGACGGAUCAAUCUCAAGUUCUCCAUCCCACCACCUCCAUUCUUUCAGAACAUCACCCUGACCCACCAACUGUGUCCGAAAGUAUCACUGUUUCCACUGAAGUAGCUCAUCCUGCUCCAGACAUCAUUACAGAACUUGAGCCCUCCGGUGGCCACCAGGUCAUCACAGAAACUAAAAUGGAGGAUUUCGCAGAAGACGCAUUACCCUCUUCUCCGGCUCCUUCUUCCUCUCCCACCUCACCAUCCCUCUCAGAUAUCUAUGCAGAUCCCCCCAAUGGCACGGAGCAGAACGGUAACCCGGUGCAUGGCUCCAGCCAGAAGGAGUCUGUGUUCAUGAGACUCAAUAACCGCAUCAAGGCCCUGGAGAUGAACAUGUCACUCAGCGGACGCUACCUGGAGCAGCUGAGCCAGAGGUAUCGAAAGCAGAUGGAGGAGAUGCAGAAAGCUUUCAACAAAACCAUCAUUAAACUCCAGAACACCUCAAGAAUAGCAGAGGAACAGGACCAGCGUCAGACUGAGUCCAUUCAGUUGCUGCAGGGCCAGCUGGAGAAUGUGACUCAGCUGGUUCUCAACCUGUCUGUCAGAGUCAGCCAGCUGCAGAUCGAGGUGUCAGACAGGCAGAACUACCUGCUGCUGUCUCUGGCGUUGUUUGUGUGUCUCAGCCUGCUGCUGUGUGCCAACUACCGCCGCAUCUCCGCUGUUCCUCCAACCACAGAACCAGAACCACCCAUAGCUAAGAGCUACACCUACUGCUGUCCAGAGAGGCAGUUCUCUUCCUGUGAUGAGACGGGCUUGAAGAGGAGUGCGUCCUAUCCACUCAUUCACUCAGAGUCAUUUCAGUUAGCCACCACUGAAGGCCCAGAAAUGCUGCACGCAGAGGACACACAGAGUCUUUGCCCAGCUAACAGAAAGAGGCGACGUCGUAAGAUGAAGCCCUUGGAGAAAGUCGAGACUCUGAAACCUUCUUUUCACGCUGCUCCAGAACUGUGCAAUGGAGGUGUUGUAUGUAACGGUGUACCUGUCACCACAAAGCCCACACCUCUUACAAAAAGGUUACUUCAACCUAUGUUUAGAGACUCACCGUCAGAGGUCAGCUCGGAGGGAUCUUCACAUUCAGAUGACCCCUCCUUCUGUGGCAUCACCACAGCUUGUAGGCGAAUCUGUGACGGGCUCCCUCCACCCAAGACCCGGGCGGAGAAACGGGCAUUAAGACGCAGGCGUCCUAAGCCCAGUUGCACGGUGGUGGACUUGCUUCAGGCCCCAAGGAGGGUCAAGAGCGAACCACUGCCCAUCUCUACCAUACAUGACAUCAUGAAGAGCAAAACAGAGCACAGCUCUGGGACAUUUGGGGUGAACGUUGCCCUCUCAGGUCCUGUUUGAUGUUUGACAUCUCCACUCCUUCUCACUGACUGCUUGAUCUUUUCCAAAAGAAGAUGGAUGUUAAUUUCUGUAGCCACAGGCAGCUUUAAGCUUCGACAUGAGACAAUCUCUUCACUCUUGAGUAGUUUUGUUUUCUGUUCAUGUUCUCUGUUCAGUCCUUGUCAGAUGUUUAUAUUUGUUAUACUUCAAAUCAAAGGAAUGUCUUCCCAGCUUUCCAUUAAAGCUCUUCUCGUUUGGAAAAAA